AUGGCUUCAGAAACUCCGCUGAUUCCUCCAAACACUGGAUCAACAGUGGAGGUGUCUAUAAUACACGGUGGUCGAACCUCGGCGCCAACUGCGUGGAUGGUCAAAAGCCCUGUUCCCGGGCAUGAGUUGAUGCACAUUCCUUGCUACAGUUUCUUGAUUGAGCACAAAACACAAGGGAAAAAGAUCCUUUAUGACCUUGGUUUCAUGAAAGCCUGGAAAGAAAAAACCCCACCGGCGAUCCUGAACCAGAUUGAGUCUACACCGGAGGUAAUUGUUGACAUUUCAAAGGAUGUGGCCGAUCAGCUCCACGAUGGGGGCAUUGCUCUUGAAUCCAUUAAUGCCAUUAUCUGGUCUCACCACCAUGUCGACCAUACUGGAGACCCUUCGCUAUUCCCCCGGUCUACCUCGCUGAUUGUUGGUCCUGGGUUCAAAAGUAACAAGGCCACCUACCCCGGUUACCCCAAAAACCAGAAUGCCUUAGUUGCAGAUGAUGCGUUCCACGGCCGUGAGCUGAUCGAACUCGACUUUUCUACCGCUAGUAGUAUUGGCAGAUUCCCAGCCAUUGACUACUUCAAUGACGGCAGCUUUUACAUAUUGCAAUCUUUGGGACACACCCACGAUCAUCUCAGUGCUCUAGCGCGCACCUCCGAGAAUAAGUUUAUCUUUCUCGGCGGCGAUGUCGCCCAUCACCCUGGUGAAUUCCGACCAACGACCUCCCUUCCUCUCCCUGCUCAGCUUGAUCCGUCAGUACUUGGCAAACCGCAGACGGCGUCCCUGUGCCCUGGGUCUAUUUUCGAGGAUAUCCAUCCCGGCAGGGAAAAUGGUAGGGACUACAGAACUACCCCUUUCUACGAACUUAAUGCAAUGGGGAACGCAUCUCUACCAGAUGCAGAAGCUUCUAUUGCCAAGAUGCAGAAUUUUGAUGGAUCUCUCGAGGUCUUUGUCGUCAUCGCUCAUGACGCCAGCCUGCUGGAUAUUCUGCCUUUUUUUCCAGAGAAGAUAAGCAAUUGGGACUCGCAUGGUUACAAGGAUAGGGGUAUCUAG